UAUUGAUUGAAUAGAUUGUCUCGGAAAGUGGAACUGUCUACGAAGUGUUCGCAACAUGUUGAACAUUCCGACCCAGUCUUUUCCUGCUGCCAGCUCCCAGCAGCGUGUCUCAGCAUCUGGACAGUCCGGAAGAAACAAGGUGGCCCUAAAGCCGGGCCACAGUUUAAUGGACUGGAUCCGCUUUUCCAAGAGUGGUAAAGACCUGACUGGACUUAGGGGACGACUGAUUGAAGUAACCCAGGAGGAGCUUUCCAAGCACAAUACAAGAACUGACUGCUGGACCUGCAUAAGAGGUAUGGUUUACAAUGUGACUCCCUACAUGGACUAUCAUCCUGGUGGAGAAGAGGAGCUGAUGAAGGCAGCUGGUAUAGAUGGCACUGACCUGUUUGAUCAGGUUCAUCGCUGGGUGAACUAUGAGUCUAUGCUAAAGGAGUGUUUGGUGGGCAGGAUGGCUACUAAGCCCACCGCAGCUACUAAAGCUAUUAUUCCUCCUCCAUCACCAGCUGGCCCCACCCUUCCCACAACAGUAGUGCCACCUCCUGACAAAGACUCUCGACCUCGGUACGACUGGUUCCAGACUGACGUGACUGUUCAUCUGGUUGUUUAUGCCAAAAGAAAGAUCCCCAGCUCAGGGUGUACUACUGUUGACCUCAGGGCAGGUGUUUUACGAGUGGAGCUGUUACUAGGCAAAAUGUCCUACCUGAUACAUUUAUGUUUAGCUGAAGACAUAGAGGACAAUGUUUCUGUUCACUCUGCCUUCUCAGUGGGAAAGGUCCAGAUUAGCAUUCAUAAGCAGGUCAAAGAAAAAUGGACUAGUCUUGGUCAACCGCUGGAUUCCCACAACACAUUUCUACUCAAAAAAGACAGAACUCCAUUUUAUCGAAACUGUGUGCUGGUGUCUAAAAAUGAAGUCAACCACAACAGCUACAUGUUCAGACUGAAAAUGCCACCAGGGACUAUCAUGCAUGUGCCUGUAGGAAAACAUGUCUACCUCAGAACGCUCAUAGAAGACACAGACGUUGUGCGGCCGUACACGCCGGUGGAUCGGGACCUGACUGCAGCCUCUCAGCUCUCCACAGAAGGGUCAGAGCUCUACCUCAUGAUCAAAGUCUACCCAGAUGGAGUCUUCACUCAACAUCUCAACAGCCUCAACACAGGAGAGCAUAUAUCUGUUAGUGGUCCAGAAGGUCCCUUCUCUGUCCGCCCCCUCCGUGAUGUAUCACACCUUUUCCUGUUGGCAGCAGGAACAGGAUUCACACCCAUGGCCCGUUUGAUCCAGCUGGCACAGGACAGUGAAACAAUCAGGAAAACCAGACUUCUGUUCUUUAACCGCCGGGAAGAAGACAUUCUGUGGACCUCCCAACUGGAAGAGCUGGCUGCAAACAACAACAGGUUCCAGGUGGAACACAUCCUCUCUGAGCCCAGCGAGAGUUGGAGUGGCAGGAAGGGUCGGAUCAGUGAGUCCAUUCUGGAGGAUUUCAUCAUGAGGCCAGAGGGGUCCAAAUACUAUGUGUGUGUGUGUGGUCCCACAGCCUUUACUGAUCAAGCAAUAGGGCUGUUGAAGCAGCAGGGCUUCAGUGAAGCAGAGAUCCAUGCCUUCUGUGGAUGAUGUCAGAGGUCUCUGUCGAUUGUCAGCCUGCAAGAGACAGCGACUCUGGCCCCCCUCAGGGUCUGCAGCUGUCAGCCACUACAUUCGGCAGUACAAAAUCACAAAAGGUGCCAAAGAGCUGCGACUGAGCUUUUUGUAAAUUCUCCAGCUCCUACGUUUAUACUAUACAGUGCCACACAGAAAACGGCAGAGGGAGUGUGAGGGGGAGGGGGAUCCUCAUGGCCUAACAAAACCAGUCAUAGCUGGACACAAAAAAAAAUAUUAAGGAAUAGUGGAUGAUUAACAAGAGUUUGAAAUUAUAUUUAUGAACUUGUGUAUGUGGAAAUAACAUAAAAGCCAUUUUGUGUUUCUAUGCAUAAACAACCUUUGGAUCCUGAGGAUAAUGGACAAAACUAUAUUUAUCUGUUGUUUUAAUUUGUUUCAUUGUAAGAUUUUAGUUGAACGACUACAAAUUCAAAUGUUUAUGCAAACACAGAAAGAGAAGAGGACGCAUAUUCUUAUAGCUAUUAAUGUUUGUUAUUAAAAUGGAUUUGUAAUCUCAA